GUCAACAGCAGAAAUGUAAACCAGAUUAAUUAUAUACCAGCUGGUGAGACAGCCACUAAAGUGAAACAAUGUAACAAUAUCUAUCAUCAUAUAAAAUGUGGGAUUAAUUUGAGAUAUAUGCUUCAGGUUUCUAUUGAACUAAAUAACUAAAAUAGUUCUAAUUGGACUUCUUAUUCUAAUUGAAUAUCCAUCGUUAUAAGUUAAUGGAAUAAUAGAUUGUAAACAUAUGGCUAUAACAUAUGGAUAUAUAUGGAAUAUAUGGUAAUGUAAUAAGGAAUGUUAUCGUGUCAAGAAUUAUGUUUCUCACUCCGUCUGGAAUAUUUCACGUUGUAAUUUCCGAUGGGUAAAGGACACUAAUGCUCAAUGCACUUAGGAAGCAGGGACACUAGGGCCAUCGUGAGGGAAUAAGUCAUCAAUAAAUAUGGCAAAUGAUCACAAAUCUGGAACCCCUUCUCCUCAAAACAAUUCGGGGUCUAAGUCUACCGUAAAUAGUACUGGUAGGCCCCCGACAACCAGCAUUCUUCGAAGUGCUAUGUACUACCAAAACAGAAUAAUUAUACCUGAAAAGAAGCGUUCACCUACACAGAAUACUGCUAUCGUGCCAAAUGAAGCACAGGCGAUAAACACCCAAAAUACUGCAAUCGGAUCUGGCGCGAAAGCACGGCCUACAAGUUUGCAACAAAAUUCCAAUAGAACUAUAAAUAGAGCGGCAACAAAUGCCAAUGCUUCAAUAUCGGAUGUGAGAACAAUUCAAGGGAAUAACUUUCCGUUAUCAGGUGACACGAUGGAUACGGCGGGAAUUGACAUUGUUGUGACAGACACAGAAAAUAAACAGCAUCGAGUGAAAAAGAAAAAAUCUAUUUUUAAAAGAUUUUAUUUGUGUUUGCAAGAUAAUCGCAUGAAAGGAAAGCCUAAUGCCGAACAAAUAUUAGCGAGCUCAAACCCCCAAGAAUAUCGGAUAUUGAAAAAAGUGUUAAAUACGACGUUUUUAAGCGUUGGGAUCGCCUUAUUAAUUGCAGUUGUUAUUGUGAUAAUUUAUUCCAGUAUAGAUUCUUAGUAACGAGGAUUGACAACCAACCAGCCAGCCAACCAACCAACAAAUCAACAAACACGCUAUUAUUUGCUCCUAAUGGACACUGUCUGGCCGUGUGUAAUGUGAAGAAAAAAUAGCAAUUGAAACCAAUAAACAUGCAAGAAAGAAAUGUUAUACCACACCCGGCGUAAAUGCAAGGUGUACAUGGUGUAUGUGUGAUUUCUAAUACAGACGUCACUUGUUUUCACACUCUCAAAAUUGUGAUGAUGCUCAAAGACAUGGAUUUUUCCGCCGCAAUAAAAUAUGUAUGCUACUUUCCAACACGGUACACAGGACAUUAAUGUUGUCAUACCGGAUGUGACGUUAUGUUUAUCGUUAUUACAAAACAAUAAACACCGAGUAUAAUAUCAGUCAUUCUGAUAGAAUUAUUGUUAUUUGAUACAAUUUGAUGUUUUAAGGCAUAAAUAAUUCAAACCGCUGACAUUAUUUCAUGACAACUCGGAUAUUUUAUUAUAUUUGUUUUGAUAUUUGUUUUUACAGAUUCAUUCAGAGCUGGUAAAGCUGCCUUGAACGUGAGUGUACAACAACAAUAAAGCAACGAUAUAGUUUGGAUUUUAUUUCAACUUUAUUGUCCCGUUAGUUUCGAAUAAUUUCAUAGAGAGAAGAGAGGGAAUAAGAUAAAUUUAGUAUCAUUUUGAUGUUCAUUUAUUUCUGUUUUUGAGAUAUAAUUCAAUUGAUGUAACAUUCGAUUCUGUGGUAUGAAAACAAAAUUUGACGUUUUAUUUUCUUGAAAUAUUACUUAUUCUGUUAAUGAUGCUACAUGUUCUCUACAGUAUCCAACUUUGCUGGUUUGCAAGUUUCUACAUGUGUAUGACAUCAAAAAUUUCUUGUAUAUUGGCUCAUUAUGCAAAUGUUCGGAGAUAUGUAUCUAUGAAUUAGCAUAUUUUGGGAUUAUUGUCUUUGAUUCAUCCUAAUACAUAUUAUCAUAAAAUGAUAACAUCAUUUGCGCAGAACUAAAAUUUUUAAGAUUUCUAAUAUGUUAUGAAAAUAAUUAAUAUAUCAUUAUUAUGUGUUGAAUUUAGAUUUCUAAUAUUUUGCUCAAUUGUUAUUUAUUACAUUUACACUUAUGUUUUGUAGUAUUCCGUAUUAACUUUAAAAAGAAAUAACUGAUGGAUUCAAAUUUGUUUCUGUUUCUAAACGCUUUAAUAACCCAGUACAUUUACUGGUCAAAUUUCUACGAAAUAGAAUAAUUUUGAACCAGGUUAUUACAAUAAAGCAAUAAUGCUUGGCUAUGUUCCUAAAAAUAUUUGUUUCCACUUGCACUACCAAUUACCCUUUUAUUGAAUAGGUAGGAAGAAUUAAAUAAUUAAUAAUUAAUUAAUUAAUUUGUAAGGAAAUACAUGCGUAGUUCCUUCGUUCAUUAAACUUUGUAAUUGGUUAUAAACACGGGUAUGAAGAAUGCCAAUCAAAAUGUAAUAUGGCUAUUUUGAUAAAGUCCGAUUUUUGACAUCCACUUCCUAAAAAUAAUAAAAAGAGAUCAAUAAAUAAAUACAAGCCUUUUAAAUGGGGUAAGUAGUGCAACUGCAUGCAAAUCAUUUAAAUGAUGGCCUGUGAGUUAAUAUUGUUAAAUAAGAUUUAACAAAUCUGAAACAUAAAUACACAUUCUCUCAUUGUAUCAGUAAGUGUAUUUAUAUAUUGACUUUUUUACUUUGUACAUUUUGUAUAUUUUGCAUAAAUCUUUCUUCUUAAUAUUGCUCAAAUUAAAAUAUUAAUACUUCAA